CCAGGCUUAUUCAUUCCUCGUCACGGAGAAGAGAGAGGGAGAGAGAGGGUCCGAGGGAGAGGUAUUUCGGUUUCCGGACGACGGAGUGGCGGUUUCUGGCGGAUGGAAGUAAUCUGAUCACUAAGUAACUGAGCAUUUACUACUUUGGCGGUAACGAAGAGGGCCGGAAUUCGAAGGCAACCGAGAGAGAGAGAGGAUGAGCCCACGGAGAUGGUAGAAAGCAGCUAGAGUUGGCGGAGGAGGACGGAGGAUGGCCUACGUUGAAAGCUUCGGUCAGAGCCCGGCGUCGGCAGUUGGGAAGUCACUCGCCGUUACCAAAGGCCAAGGUCAGAUGCCUGCGCCGGGCAUCUCCAGGCUGAACGUCUCAAAGGUUCCAAGUGCCAGCGAUAAGUCUAUGGAUGAUUUACUUUACGAAGAACUAUGGCAUGCUUGUGCCGGUCCGCUUGUUACAAUACCACGCAAAUCAGAACGGGUGUACUAUUUCCCCCAAGGCCACAUGGAGCAGCUCGAGGCUUCGACAAACCAGGAACUAGAUCAACAGAUUCCAUUAUUUGAUCUCCCUUCAAAGAUACUCUGCCGUGUUGUGAACGUCCGACUUCAGGCUGAACCUGAAACGGAUGAAGUGUAUGCACAAAUUACUUUGAUGCCAGAAUCAGAGCAAGUCGAACUUUCCAGUCCUGAUCCUUGUCUUCCUGAGAUUCCUAGACCUAAUGUCCGCUCCUUCUGCAAAACUCUCACGGCUUCUGACACUAGCACACAUGGGGGAUUCUCUGUUCUUAGAAGGCAUGCCAAUGACUGUCUGCCUCCACUGGAUAUGUCUCAACCAACGCCAACCCAGGAAUUGGUCGCAAAGGAUCUACAUGGUUAUGAGUGGCGCUUUAAACAUAUUUUUAGAGGACAACCGCGUAGACAUCUUCUGACUACCGGUUGGAGCACCUUCGUCACAUCUAAGAGGCUUGUUGCAGGAGAUACCUUCAUAUUUCUCCGAGGUGAAAAUGAAGAACUCCGUGUUGGAAUCAGACGGUUUUUGAGACAGACAAAUUCAAUGCCAUCCUCUGUGAUCUCCAGUCAGAGCAUGCAUGUCGGUGUCCUUGCAACUGCAUCGCAUGCUGUUGUUUCCAGGACACUCUUUACAGUUUUUUACAAACCAAGGACUAGUCAAUUCAUUAUUAGCGUGAACAAAUAUCUGGAGUCAAUGAGACACGGAUUGUCAGUGGGCCAUAGGUUCAAGAUGAUAUUUGAAGGUGAAGAAUCUCCUGAACGAAGAUUUACUGGUACAGUUGUUGGAUUUACUGAGCCCAUGGCUUCACAAUGGGCUGAUUCGAAGUGGAGGUCACUCAAGGUCCAAUGGGAUGAACCAUCUUCUAUUCCUCGUCCAGACAGAGUCUCUCCUUGGGAGAUAGAACCAGUUGAUGAUUCAACCCUCCCAGCUUCUUCUCCAACCUUGCUUGUGCAGAAUAACAAGCGGCCUCUCUCACCAAUGGACCUUUCUCUUAUUGGACUCUGUAAGAGCCCUGGAGAGUCUGCAGCAUCCUAUUGGUAUCCAGGGGUAACACAAAGUCAGGGAUUCACCUCAUACGGUGGUGUAACAGAGACAAAUUCUAAUGAGUGUCGGAUCAAUUGGUCUUGUAAGAGAAGUGAUUCCACAAUCAGAGAUGGGCACAGUAUUUUCUUGAAUGAACAAGAUGCUUCAUCCCCUAGAGUGAAAGCCCAAUUAAAUAUCUUCCAAUCUGAAGAUAACAAAACUGAGCCACUGUGGUCCUCAGUCUCUCAGUUCUCCACUAGCGACAAUGCAAAAAAAAUGCAUGCACCUCUGAACUCCCAUUCUCAUAUCGAAGCAACGAUGGACUCACACACGACAGCAGUUUCAAACAUCUCUACACUUACAGAACAUGCUGUUCAGAGAAACUCCAGGCCUGAGGGUAAAAGCAAUGGCUGCCGAUUGUUUGGGUUCCAGUUGAUUGAAGAGUCUACUGCAGCAGAGGAUCCGAUUGAACCUUCUUCUGCUCCUUGUGCGUCUGCUGUUGACGAUGCGCUUGGUCAAGGUAAAUGUGCUGCAUCAGACCUUCAAUCUGAUCUCACAACCAGAGUGAAGAAGAAGAUGCAGCAAUCACCAACUGAAACUCAGAGCAGUCAAAGCUUCACAACUCGAAGCCGAACUAAGGUGCACAUGCAAGGAGUUGCUCUUGGGAGGGCAAUAGACCUGACUGCCUUGGUUGGAUAUGAUGAGCUCAUAGCAGAGUUAGAGAAUAGGUUUGAAAUCAGGGGAGAGCUACAUCAACCGAACAAGAAAUGGGAGGUAGUCUUCACAGAUGAAGAAGGCGACAUGAUGCUAGUCGCUGACUAUCCAUGGGAGGAGUUCUGUAGAACUGUAAAAAAGAUCGUCAUCUGCACAUGCGAAGAGGUGAAAAGCUUGAAACUUGGACCCGCUUAUACUGCCGCAGCACCUGGUCAUGAAUCCUAGGCUGUCUUUCAAUUGGUGGCGGUGGUGGUGGUGGUGGUGGUGGUGGGGGACAUUUAUUCAGGCUCUUGAGACACUACUUUUUCGAAGCAGCGACAAUCUAAUUGACAUUUGGCAUGAAGUGGUAGGCCUUCAGAUGCCAUGGUUGCAACCUUGAGUCUAUCUAUCUCAAGUUUGGUGUUCAUUUUUCUUGUCAGUUAAUGGAACAAGCAAAGCGAGUGUUUCACUCAUUUUAUCCCUUUUCUUUUAUACUUCUAUUUCAAGAUUGAAGGAAGGGUGCUAACAUAGUGAACGAGGAUGAGUUGAAGAUUUAGGAGCAAAAACUGAUUCCUGCUUCUCUCCCUUUUUCUGCCUAGGAGAUGAAAGGCUAGUGAAAUUGCAGCAGUGAAUCAUUAAAGGGCCAUUGAAAGAGGACAAGAAUUUAGAUUAUAGAGAUGGUGUGAAUAUCUGGCCCUAGUGGGAUGAUGCAUGGGAUGACGCAAGUGGAAGGGAGGAGAUGUGUGAUCUAUGUUGUAUGAUUGGGCCCCGUGCAUAGAGAUAUCGAUAUGGGUAGGUGGCUAGUGGAAGGGAAAAGGGACCAUUUUCUAUGGGGAAUUUUGUAUAUACUUCCUUCACCUGUGUAGUGUUUCUGUUCUGUUUC